AAAGUCCAAUUUCCCAUAUAAUUCCAUCUCCUCCUUUCUCUCUCCUGUUCCCUAGAGCCAAGGCUCUUUUCCUUUCUUCUCACUUCUCUUGAGCUUUGAAGAGCAAACAGAGAAGGCCAAACGAAAAAAAAAACCCAGAAACCCAGCCCACACCCCAAGUUUCGCAAAGGAAAAAGAAAGGAAAAGGAAAAGCAGAAUGGUGAAGCCAAGUGCUGGGCUUUUCUUGAUCUCAGCAACCCUGUUUGCAGCGACAAUGCUGGUGUCAUUCUGGGCCGUGGGGGAUGCAGCAAGUGGGUCCCACGAGCUCAGCUACUACUUCCCGGCGGUGACCACCUCGACGGCGUCGUUCUGCAAUGGGGGCUCAAUUGAGAGCUGCCUGAUGAGCGAGCAAGAAGAGGAGCUGGAGAUGGACUCAGAAACCAACCGGCGCAUUUUGUAUUGGAGGAGAAGGUACAUUAGCUACAGUGCGCUGACGAGGGACAGAGUACCAUGUUCCAGACGGGGUUACUCUUACUACAACUGCCGACCUGGUCGUCCGGUGAAUCCUUACAACCGAGGCUGCAAUGCCAUCACCCGUUGCCGCCGGUGAAGCCUCACUAAUUCCGGUGGUUUCUGGACCUUGUUCAAAAAUGGAUUGGUCACGGGCAUAUCUAUCUGUUCAUGACAAUAAUAGUAUUUUAUUGCUGCGCUACCUACUAAAUGGUCUACUGCUGCCUUUUUUUUAAUUUUAUUUUUUAAAUUAUUACUAUUAUUUUAAUUUUGGAAUGAGCCAGCUGUUUCUGUUUCUGCAUCAUCAUUACUUUUCUUUGUUGCUUUCCUCAGCAUAAUUUUGCCUGUCAGUUUCUCUCGUUUACGGUAUGAGGGAUGCAUUUGUCGUCAUAAAAUUUCUACCUCUUGAAACAAAAAUUGGUCAUUCUGAUU